AGAAGCCAGGAAAAGGGCACAUAAAAUGGUAGAGAUUCCGAGAAGAUUUAACAUACUCGCUGCGGCUUUUGAUGUCGAGGCGGCGCGUGCACGUCCGCCGUGCGAUAGCAGCAGCGGGAGCGAUCACUUUCCUUAUGAGACAGCCGAUCUUUGGGAUCUGGUCGAAUCUUUUAUGGACAGCGAAGUGAAAGCUUUACCAGAGGAUUUUCCUGUGGAAGAUAAAGAUGAUAAGUCUGACGUUGAUGAUGAUUAUGAAGAUGUGAAGGAGAGGUUGCGGGAGAUUUGUGAAAAUCUCGGUCGCGGCGGAGAGCGGAGGAGAAUAAUUGAGGAGGUAGUAAAUGCGAGUGAGUUCGUCGGAGAGAAACGCCUCUUGAUGGCUUAUUUACGUGACAAAGGUUUCGAUGCAGGUCUUUGCAAGUCCAAGUGGGAGAGAUUUGGUAAGAACACGGCGGGGAAGUACGAGUACGUUGACGUUAAUAGAGGAGAUAAGAACCGCUUCAUCGUCGAGACAAAUCUUGCCAGCGAAUUCGAGAUUGCUAAGCCUACAACAAGAUACCUUUAUCUCUUAGCUCAACUACCACGUGUCUUCAUGGGAACACCUGAAGAAUUGAAAAAGUUAGUAAGAAUCAUGUGCUUUGAGAUAAGACGGUCGAUGAAGCGAGCCGAGAUUCACGUGCCACCGUGGAGGAGGAACGCUUACAUGCAAGCCAAGUGGUUCGGUCACUAUAAACGAACCUCUAAUGAAGUGGUUACUAGGGUUAAGAGCUGUGGAUGUGGACCACGUGUUGGGUUUGAAGGGUUGGUUAAAACAGCUACGCUUAACGGUUAUAAGGAGGUGGAGAGGAAGAUGCAUGGCUUAAGAGUUGGCCAGCUCACUGUGGCUUUCAACGGCAGUGGAGUGAGGUUGUAAUAGUUAAAGAACAAAGCAUAGGGCAUUGCGAGUUAAUAAUUGUGAAUUUUGGAUAUUUUGUAAAUAUAGAUAAGUUUGGGGUGAGGGGUGUCAAAGAAGCAACCAUCUAUAAAGUUGUAGAUUGGCUUUCUCUAGCAGCGUAUAUAGGGUGGUUCUAUAUAAAAUUUGUUUAGUGCAAUAAUUUUAAGUUGGGCUUUUCCAGUUUUGGCCCGUUAUUUUAU